UGCGGUACUUCUGUACACGACAAGUUUGUUUUUGUCGCGUUUUGUAAUUGUUCAAAUGAACGACUUCUAAUAAGUGUUUGCGAUGUUUCGGAUUAUUGCCCGGGCAAGUAGUGUUAGCUUGAAAGAGAAGUGCACGUUGGGAUCAUCUUGUCGGGAGCUUCAAACGGUUCUUUGCCGUGGCAUGAGAGUUCUAGUAGGUGGGGGAACAGGUUUUGUUGGUAGAAAUUUGACUGCAGCUCUCAAGUCUAAAGGUCAUGAUAUUGUUAUAAUAUCAAGAACAGCAGGUCCUGGCAAAGUCACAUGGGAUCAGAUAACAAAGAGUGGUCUCCCCCAGUGUCAGGCAGUUGUCAAUCUUGCUGGGGAAAAUGUUUUGAAUGCAUUAAGAAGAUGGGAUGACAAGUAUAAAGAAGAUGUAGUGAGAAGUAGAGUGGAAACCACAAAACUAUUGGCGGACAAAAUCACUACCUCACAGAACCCCCCGUCUGUGUUUGUUAGUUCGUCAGCUGUAGGUUUUUAUCCUCCAAGUGAGACAAAAGAUUAUGGCGAGGACACUCCACCAAGUAAUGCUGAUUACUUUACCUCCCUGUGCGCCGAGUGGGAGGCAGCUGCUCAACUACCCAAGGAGUGUAAGACGCGCAAUGUUGUAGUUCGUAUAGGCGUGGUACUGGGUCGAGAUGGUGGUACCAUUCAGCAAGCUUACUGGCCUUUUUUCUUUGGCGGUGGAGGUGUUAUUGGAAGUGGCAGACAGUUCUUCCCCUGGAUACACAUCCAAGAUAUUUGUGGGAUUAUAAUACAUGCUAUUGAGAACAAUCACGUGACCGGUGCCAUCAAUGGAGUGGCACCAGAGAUAGCAACAAACAAAGAUUUCACUGAGCAUCUUGCUGGUGCCAUGUGGAGACCUGCUAUCAUCCCAAUGCCUGCUUUUGCCAUCAAUACUGUGUUUGGAUCAGAGCGGGCCACUAUGCUCCUUCAGGGGCAAAAAGUACAUCCAAAACGAACACUAGAGAGCGGAUAUACAUACAAGUAUCCAGAGUUGAAAGCAGCUCUUCAGAAUGCUAUUAAAUGAUAGUUUGAACACGGCUA